CCAAGGGGACUUUAUUCAUUAAUGAUGCAACUGGAUUCGUUUCAGGAUUAUGUUGCACGAAUUGAAUUUUGAAUGAAGGAGGUCCUUUUUUUUUCUUUUUGAAAGAAGUGUUGAUUCUUUAGUUCGUUGUACUUUUAAUUAUUAUUUUUAUUUAAAUAUACAAUUUAAUUGUAUUAUUCUCUUAAAAAUAUUAAAUCUAUAUUUUAUGGAAACUUACCCUCAAUAUAUAUAUGUUUAUGGGUGAAAUUGAAGACGCUUCCGUUAAGUGAGGUGACUGGUGUAUUGGAUGUUUAAUUCAGCACCGGCAUUGCAUGACAGUUGUUGAAAUAACAAGUGGUUUAUUUUUAAAAACCACAUCUUUAAAAUUUUAGGUUCAGAUAGUAACAGUAGACAUCGUAAGGGCAUUUAAAAGAAAACCAGCAGAAAUCGAAGCAAACAUGUCCGGAGAAGUGCGUUUGAGGCAGUUGGAACAGUUUAUUUUAGAUGGGCCAGCUCAGACCAAUGGGCAGUGCUUCAGUGUGGAGACGUUACUGGACAUACUCAUCUGUCUUUACGAUGAAUGCAAUAAUUCUCCAUUGAGAAGAGAGAAGAACAUUCUUGAAUAUCUAGAAUGGGCUAAACCAUUCACUUCUAAAGUGAAGCAAAUGCGCUUACAUAGAGAAGACUUCGAAAUAUUAAAGGUGAUUGGUCGAGGAGCUUUUGGUGAGGUUGCUGUAGUUAAACUGAAAAAUGCAGAUAAAGUAUUUGCCAUGAAAAUUCUGAACAAGUGGGAAAUGCUGAAAAGAGCUGAGACAGCGUGCUUUCGUGAAGAGAGGGAUGUGUUGGUAAAUGGAGACAGUAAGUGGAUAACCACUCUGCACUAUGCUUUUCAGGAUGACAAUAACUUAUACCUGGUUAUGGAUUAUUAUGUUGGUGGGGAUUUACUUACUCUGCUCAGCAAAUUUGAAGAUCGAUUGCCAGAAGAGAUGGCUCGGUUUUACUUGGCUGAGAUGGUGAUAGCCAUUGACUCAGUUCACCAGCUCCACUAUGUUCACAGAGACAUCAAACCUGACAAUAUAUUGAUGGAUAUGAAUGGACAUAUUCGUUUAGCAGAUUUUGGUUCUUGUCUGAAGCUGAUGGAAGAUGGAACGGUCCAGUCCUCAGUGGCAGUUGGAACUCCAGAUUACAUUUCCCCGGAAAUCCUUCAGGCUAUGGAGGACGGGAAAGGCAGAUACGGACCGGAGUGUGACUGGUGGUCCUUGGGAGUCUGCAUGUAUGAGAUGCUUUACGGAGAAACGCCAUUCUAUGCGGAAUCUCUGGUGGAGACAUAUGGAAAAAUUAUGAAUCAUAAAGAGAGGUUUCAGUUUCCAACCCAAGUGACUGAUGUGUCUGAAAAUGCUAAAGAUCUUAUUCGAAGACUCAUUUGUAGCAGAGAACAUCGACUUGGCCAGAAUGGAAUAGAAGACUUUAAGAAACAUCCGUUUUUCAGUGGAAUUGAUUGGGAUAACAUCCGAAACUGUGAAGCACCUUACAUUCCAGAAGUUAGUAGUCCAACAGACACGUCAAAUUUCGAUGUGGAUGACGACUGUUUAAAAAACUCUGAAACAAUGCCCCCACCAACACAUACUGCAUUUUCUGGCCAUCAUCUACCAUUUGUUGGGUUUACAUAUACUAGUAGCUGUGUUCUUUCUGAUCGGAGCUGUUUAAGAGUCACAGCAGGUCCCACCUCACUGGAUCUUGACGUCAAUGUCCAGAGGACUCUAGAUAAUAACUUAGCAACUGAAGCUUAUGAAAGAAGAAUUAAACGGCUAGAACAGGAAAAGCUUGAACUUACUAGAAAACUUCAAGAGUCAACACAGACUGUUCAAGCCCUGCAGUAUUCGACUGUUGAUGGUCCACUAACGGCAAGCAAAGAUUUAGAAAUUAAAAGUCUGAAAGAAGAGAUUGAAAAACUAAGAAAACAAGUAGCAGAAGUGAAUCAUUUGGAACAACAACUUGAAGAAGCUAAUUCUGUGAGACGAGAACUAGAUGAUGCUUUUAGGCAAAUCAAAGCUUUUGAAAAACAAAUCAAAACUUUGCAGCAGGAAAGAGAAGAGCUAAAUAAGGAACUAGUCCAGGCUAGUGAGCGAUUAAAAAACCAAUCCAAAGAGCUGAAAGACGCACACUGUCAGAGGAAACUGGCCAUGCAGGAGUUCAUGGAGAUCAAUGAGCGACUAACAGAAUUGCACACCCAAAAGCAGAAACUUGCUCGCCAUGUCCGAGAUAAGGAAGAAGAGGUGGACCUGGUGAUGCAAAAAGCUGAGAGCUUAAGGCAGGAGCUGCGCAGAGCAGAAAGAGCCAAGAAAGAGCUGGAGGUUCACACUGAAGCUCUAAUUGCUGAAGCCUCAAAGGACCGGAAGCUCCGAGAGCAGAGCGAACAUUAUUCUAAACAACUGGAAAAUGAAUUGGAGGGACUGAAGCAAAAACAAAUUAGUUACUCACCAGGAAUAUGCAGCAUAGAACACCAGCAAGAGAUAACUAAACUGAAAACUGACUUGGAAAAGAAAAGUAUCUUUUAUGAAGAAGAAAUAUCUAAAAGAGAAGGAAUUCAUGCAAGUGAGAUUAAAAAUCUGAAGAAGGAGCUGCAUGACUCAGAAGGCCAGCAACUUGCUCUCAACAAAGAAAUUAUGGUUUUAAAAGACAAAUUGGAAAAAACCAGAAGGGAAAGUCAAAGUGAAAGGGAAGAAUUUGAAAAUGAGUUCAAGCAACAAUAUGAACGGGAAAAAGUAUUAUUAACUGAAGAGAAUAAAAAGUUAACGAGUGAACUCGAUAAGCUAACUUCGCUGUAUGAGAGCUUGAGUUUGCGCAACCAGCACUUAGAAGAAGAAGUCAAAGAUCUAGCAGAUAAGAAGGAGUCAGUCGCCCACUGGGAAGCCCAGAUCACAGAGAUAAUCCAAUGGGUGAGUGAUGAGAAGGACGCACGGGGCUAUCUUCAGGCCUUAGCUUCUAAAAUGACUGAAGAAUUAGAAGCGUUAAGGAAUUCCAGCCUGGGGACACGAGCGACAGAUAUGCCCUGGAAAAUGCGUCGUUUUGCAAAACUGGACAUGUCAGCUAGACUAGAGUUGCAGUCUGCUCUGGAUGCAGAAAUCAGAGCUAAGCAGGCCAUCCAGGAAGAGCUGAAUAAAGUCAAAGCAUCCAACAUCAUAACAGAAUGUAAACUGAAAGAUUCAGAGAAGAAGAACUUGGAACUGUUGUCCGAAAUCGAGCAGCUGAUAAAGGACACUGAAGAGCUUAGAUCUGAAAAGGGUGUAGAGCACCGAGACUCACAGCACUCUUUCUUGGCAUUUUUGAAUACGCCUACCGAUGCUCUGGAUCAAUUUGAAGAUUCCUUUUCUUCUUCCUCAUCUUCACUGAUUGAUUUUUUGGAUGACCGCUCUCCGUCCUGUACUCCAGCUAGCAAAGGCAGACGUAUUGCAGACUCUGCUCCGCUUCCAGUUCACACGCCAACUUUAAGGAAAAAGGGAUGCCCAGCUUCAGCUGCUUUUCCACCUAAGCGCAAGACUCAUCAGUUUUUCGUGAAGUCUUUCACUGCCCCUACCAAGUGCCAUCAGUGUACCUCCUUGAUGGUCGGUUUGAUAAGACAGGGCUGUUCCUGCGAAGUCUGUGGGUUCUCAUGUCAUAUAACUUGUGUGAACAAAGCCCCGACCACUUGCCCAGUUCCACCUGAGCAAACUAAAGGCCCACUCGGUAUAGACCCCCAGAAGGGAGUAGGGACAGCGUAUGAGGGCCAUGUCCGGAUCCCUAAGCCGGCGGGAGUGAAGAAAGGGUGGCAGAGAGCACUGGCUGUGGUCUGUGACUUCAAACUGUUUCUUUAUGAUAUCGCGGAGGGAAAAGCAUCGCAGCCCAGCUCCGUCAUUAGUCAAGUGAUUGACAUGAGAGAUGAAGAAUUUUCCGUGAGUUCAGUCUUGGCUUCUGAUGUUAUUCACGCAAGUCGAAAAGAUAUUCCCUGUAUAUUUAGAGUCACAGCUUCCCAGCUCUCAGCACCUAGUAACAAAUGUUCCAUCCUGAUGCUAGCAGACAGCGAGACUGAGAGGAAUAAGUGGGUGGGAGUGCUGAGUGAACUCCACAAGAUUCUGAAGAAAAACAAGUUCAGAGACCGCUCAGUGUAUGUUCCCAAAGAGGCUUACGACAGCACUCUACCCCUCAUUAAAACAACGCAGGCUGCGGCAAUCAUAGAUCAUGAGCGGGUAGCUUUGGGAAAUGAAGAAGGAUUAUUUGUUGUGCAUGUCACUAAAGAUGAGAUUAUUCGAGUUGGUGAUAAUAAGAAAAUUCAUCAGAUUGAACUCAUUCCAAGUGACCAGCUUGUUGCUGUGAUCUCAGGCCGAAAUCGCCACGUCCGACUUUUCCCUAUGUCAGCUUUGGAUGGGCGAGAGACGGAUUUUUAUAAACUGGCAGAGACUAAAGGGUGUCAAACCAUAGCUGCUGGGAAGGUGCGCCAUGGAGCUCUGUCCUGCCUGUGUGUGGCCAUGAAAAGACAGGUCCUCUGCUAUGAACUGUUCCAAAGCAAGACCAGGCACAGGAAGUUUAAGGAGAUUCAAGUCCCAUGUAAUGUCCAGUGGAUGGCCAUCUUCAGUGAACAUCUCUGUGUGGGAUUCCAGUCAGGAUUUCUCAGAUACCCCCUGAAUGGGGAAGGAAGUCCAUGCAAUAUGCUCCAUUCAAAUGACCACACACUGUCAUUCAUUACACACCAACCAAUGGAUGCUAUCUGUGCCGUUGAGAUCUCCAACAAAGAGUAUUUGCUGUGUUUUAGCAGCAUUGGGAUAUACACGGACUGCCAGGGCCGAAGAUCUAGACAGCAGGAACUGAUGUGGCCAGCAAAUCCUUCCUCCUGUUGUUACAAUGCACCGUAUCUCUCCGUUUACAGUGAAAACGCAGUUGAUAUCUUUGAUGUAAACUCCAUGGAGUGGAUACAGACGCUCCCUCUCAAAAAGGUUCGACCUUUAAACACUGAAGGAUCAUUAAAUCUUUUAGGGUUGGAGACCAUUAGAUUAAUAUAUUUCAAAAAUAAGAUGGCAGAAGGGGAUGAACUUGUAGUUCCUGAAACAUCAGAUAAUAGCCGGAAACAAAUGGUUAGAAGCAUCAACAACAAACGGCGUUACUCCUUCCGAGUCCCAGAAGAAGAGAGGAUGCAGCAGAGAAGGGAGAUGCUACGAGAUCCAGAAAUGAGAAAUAAAUUAAUUUCUAACCCAACUAAUUUUAACCACAUAGCACACAUGGGUCCUGGAGAUGGAAUACAGAUCCUAAAAGACCUGCCCAUGAACCCACGGCCUCAGGAAAACCGGACAGUAUUCAGUGGCUCCGUCAGUAUUCCCUCCAUCACCAAGUCCCGCCCUGAGCCAGGCCGCUCCAUGAGUGCCAGCAGUGGCCUGUCCGCACGGUCAUCAGCCCAGAAUGGCAGUGCGCUAAAGAGGGAAUUCUCUGGAGGAAGCUACAACACGAAGCGACAGCCCAUGCCCUCUCCCUCAGAAGGCUCUUUGUCAUCAGGAGGCGUGGACCAAGGAAGUGACGCCCCGGCGAGGGACUAUGAUGGAGAGGACUCUGAUUCUCCAAGGCAUUCCACAGCUUCCAACAGCUCUAACCUGAGCAGCCCCCCAAGCCCCGUUUCACCCCGAAAGACCAAGAGCCUCUCCUUGGAGAGCACAGACCGUGGGAGCUGGGAUCCAUGAGCCCAGGACCAGUGACUCCAGGCAGGGACCCUGAACUCCCACUCUGACAACGCGCCUGGCAGCAGCAUCACCUUCCGCACUGCUGCACCGAGGAUUCCUUCACAGCCAGGCCCGCUUCACCCUUCCCCCAACCCCCAGGUAGCUUCUGUAGACAGACUGCGCAGACGCAGCGCUAAGAGUAGACCGGUUGUGUUCUCACCGUAGCCCUCACGUAGCGCCCAGCAGCCUCCAUGAGCGUCAGCUGACUGUUGCCAGGAAAUAAACCCUCAUGAAUUAAAACAAUGCAUAUUUUACUACAAUACAGAGUUUAAAUAAAUACAUAGAUGUAGACGUUAAAUACUGAAUGUAAAUAGUCAAAGAAGCAUCUCUUGUGUUCGAUGAAAGAUGGAUGCGUAUAUAAGAAAGAUCAUUUAAUUUAAAAAAAAAAAGUGUUGUUUCUUAUCUGUUUCCCAGCUAAGUCAUAAUACAGGGUAGAAAGGCCUCAAGUGACAUUUAUAAAGAGAACAGAAGUCAGGUCCCGGUGGUGUCUGUCCUCAAGCCUAGGCAGGCUGAGGUCACAGGGAAAUCUAAUGUCUGGAGAAGAGUAUCCUUGGUGGAUGUGACCUGGACACCACCAGUGGUGUUGAAGCCACUCCAGGGGCACACUUGCUUCCCAAGGCGUUCUUUCUCCAGUGAUGUUAGAACGUGUCCCCCACGCACAGGUGAAUGUCAAACGGUUGUCACCUUCCAGCCCGUCCCAUAGUAACAGGAAAUCCGUGGCUUCUAAAGAUCAUGGAAUGGUUCAUGCAGCUGCUUUUUUUGUCCUGGCUAAACUCUGCCCCUCUCUAGGUUGCAGUGAGGAGUCUCUGGACUAAGCACACCUUCCCUGUUUGGUUAAGAGUGGUUGAGAACACACUGCUGGGAAAGUCUCUCCUUACUAAAUCAUGUGAAACCUCAGAAGCAUAGAUUUAAACAGCCUUAACCAAAUAUGCCUUCCCACAUGAGGCGACAUGAGGUGGGGCCUGGGCUGUGCUGGCCACCGUGAAUUGUGAGCCAACUUUCCCUCUGGAUAUCUGCUGCCGCUGCUGCACUUGUCCCAAGAAACAAGAGAAGACCAGGACUCCUCUACUCACACGUCUCACCAGCUAAGAACAUGGGAAGGAAAAGGCAGAAAGUGCCCCUGUGAGGGAAGAGGCCCUGCCACUCUUAAUUCUCACACCUCUGGGGCUGGAAAAGCCACUGUUUCUCCCCCACUUUAAGCCACAUCUAAAAUAGAUUUCCAAAGUUGCUAACCUACCCAGCAUGCUGACCUUUGGCACAUCAUGCUGCCAGGCCUUGUGGGUCAGACUCCCCAGUCACACGGCUUUAUGGAAGGUGUUAGUUCAGGGAGGAGAGAUGGUCACAGAAGCACUCCCACUGGGGGCUUCAUAAGCAGCAGCUUUGACAGAUACCCUAGAGCCUCCAGUUUGGGCGGGCACUGUGUCAUUCUAAUCUGAAUGUUUAUCCUUUUGAGAAAGCAUCAUAUAAAAAUGUGUACACCCAAAACAAGGGUCAGGUCUUUAGUUUGGUCAGAGCCCUAUUCUAUCUGGUUGAACUUGGCACUUUGCCUGAAAGCUGGCUCCUCUCCCCUCUGUCCGCUCCUUCUUUCUCCUUCCCUCAGCAGAAACCUGACCAGGCUGAGACAGACUAAACCCCACCCUGAGCCUUUGGUUUGUAGCUGACAACCAGUUGUGAACUUUUGUUGCUUACAGGUGCUUGUUUGUGAAAGAACCCUUUAGAAUCAGUCUGAGCCUCUGCAUCCCCAAAGUCCAGCUCCUCCCCCAGGACCCCUGUGGACUGGUGGGUUUCCCACUGCAGUCAAAGAACCAGGCCUCCUAACUGCAGCCCUGCUGGCCCACAGUGUGAGGCGGAGUUCUCGUAAUGAGGAUGGGCUUACCGGACUCAUCCAGCCUUAUGUGAGAGUGUUCCUGUCAGAAGCUGGGGGAAAGGACGGGCAAAGGUCCUAAUAGGUUUCUAGAAGACAGAAAUAAAGAUUCCUCAGAGCAGCCAAUAACAAAGAUUCCAGUCAAGGCCUUAGGCCCUUCUUCAGGUCACUCUCCCUACCCCAUGCAAGGUAUUUGAAAGUGUGUAGCAGCAGGAAUUGAUCUGGAAAUGGGGGGGAAAACAUUGAUUUCUGAUACAGUGUCUGUGGGUUACUAUUUGGUGCUAUGUUGUCCAACCUGUAUGCUACUGACCCUUUGAAUCCUGGCUAAUCUGUUAGGUGAUUUUUGGGUGAGUAUACAAAACAUAUUAUAGGAUUUGGUUUUAGUUUUUGCCAAAAACAAGAGCCUUCCUAUCAAUGAUUGCUAAAGCAGAUCAUGUAUGUGUGAUUUUAGUUUGUAUGCACAUUCCCUGUGCUUAGCCAUUUGCGUUCUAUCCCAGUGAGCACAGCUUUAAGACUGUGGGGGUGGUGUGGAGGGGGUAACUGCAAAUGACCCGUUUGGCUUUCCAAUGAAUUCCUAUAGCUAAGCUUAGGGAGAGCAUCUGGAAUUCCUGUCUUUCCCACCAGCCUUCCUCAGCUACUCCUCUUUCAUGUUGGAAUCCUGACAUUUUGUUAACUUAGUGGCCACAUUUAUUUCUAGGCAAGUUCGGCUGCCUUGUGUGUGUCCUCAGGUAUCAUUACAGAGAAGCCAGGGCAGAGGCGCAGCCUCCAUUCCCAGUGCAGCAGCCCACAUGCAGCCUUGGCAGUGACCACAGAUUCAGUUCUCACAGCUCAGUGCACCCUGAGUACAGGUGCACUUAACACAGCGGACACCCUGCCACAGGUCAUACUCUGCCAUAGCCCAAGACCACUGGCCCCUUCCAGUCCCUUGGCCCUGCUGCGUAGCAUCUCCUUGUCCCCUUGGCGUGGCUCAGACCUUGUUGGAACCUUCAGUCUUCACAAGGCCAGAGUUCCUCGCAGAGCCCUGCUGCAGUGAGUCUCCUGCCAGCUCCAGCACUCGCUCCCGUCCCAGGGACAGCGUUACACAGAGCCCUACUUCAGUUUUAGACUGACUGCCAUAAGUCAGCCUCGAUGCCACUGAAAACAAAAUGACCUUCUUAUUUGAUAGUGUAACAUUUAUUUUAUAAAUGUCUAGGAUUUUUUCUCAUUGUAAUAUUAUUGUACAGUUUUGCAUGGUCUCAGCGCGAUCAUUUUUGUUCAGAAUGUUAUGCUGACCAUUGUGUGUGUGGAAGGGAAGAUACUGCUUUGGCCUCUUAGUACUCACGUGGUUUGGUUUCGUCCCUGAUGUCCUAGGGAAUUUCCUGACAGCAUCUGCUACCAAACUAUGACGUGGAUCCUUUUGCACAGAACUAUUUAAGGUGGGGUGGUCAAAAAUGUAACAAAGGAUUUCUCACCAAUAUUUUAUGUUGGUAUCACCUAAUUAACCAGACUUUGAUGUACUGCAAUAAAUAAGGAACUGUUA